AUGGAAGAGAACUACGCUCGGGGCGAAAUUGAAAGUCCACCGUUAGCAGAUUCUUCUCUUUAUCGAAGCCUUGUUGGGUCCCUCCUCUACAUCGCCAUUCAUGCUAGACCGGAUAUAGCACAUGCAACCGCGGUGCUCGGUCGCAAAGUCAAUCAACCGACUGAAGCUGACUGGGUAGCUGCUAAGCGGGUUAUUCGAUUUUUGCGCGGUACUUUGAACAAGAAGCUAUGUUUCAACGGAACGUCUGAAGAGCUGACGGGCUUCGCUGAUGCGGACUGGGCGGGCGACUGCAAGACCAGAAAGUCGACGUCCGGUUAUGUCUUCAUGAUAGGAGGAGCAGCCGUUUCGUGGAGAAGUGCCAAGCAAAGCUCUGUAUCACUCUCAUCUAUGGAGUCCGAAUACAUCGCACUCUGCGAUGCAGUUCAGGAGGCGAUUUGGUUACGGCGCGUUCUAGAGGACUUCGGGGUGAAGCAGAAUGGACCUACAACUAUAUUCGAGGACAAUCAGGCCUGUCUUGCGUUCGUCAGGUCCGAGAGAACAACGAAACGGUCCAAGCACAUUGAGACCAAGGAGAGGUUCGUCCAGGAUAUCUGCAAGAAAGGUCUGAUCAAGCUGGAGUAUCUGUGUUCUGAAGACAUGACUGCUGACGCCCUCACCAAAUCCCUCGGAACGGUGAAGGUUAUCAACUUUGCAGAGAAGAUGGGAAUCGUCUGA